AGCACCCGGCGCGGCCCCGGCGGCGGCGCGAGGCCGUCCUCCCCCUCCGCCCCCGCUGCGCCAUGGCCCCCCGCCUGCUGCCAGCCCUGGCAUCGCUGCUGCUGGCCCUCGUCCCUACCGCUGCCACCGCCGCCACCGCCGCGGCGGCCUCGUGGAGCGCCGUGCCCCGUAAGACCGUCCCCUACGCGGAGCUGAAGGACGCGGCCAAGCGCUUCUCGCGGGGCGGCGUCUCGCACUACCUGACGCUGACGCUGGACGAGGCCGAGGCGCUGCUCUACGUGGGCGCCCGCGAGGCCGUCUUCGCCCUGGCCACCGGCACCGUGGAGCUCAAGGCGGCGAUCUCCUGGGAGGCCCCCGUGGACAAGAAAGCCGAGUGCAUCCAGAAGGGGAAAAACAACCAGACCGACUGCUUCAACUACGUGCGCUUCCUGCAGAGCUACAACAGCUCCCACCUCUACGCCUGCGGCACCUACGCCUUCCAGCCCAAGUGCGCCUACAUCGAGCUGUCCGGCUUCACCCUGGACCAAGUGACUUUCGAGGAUGGCAAAGGGAAGUGUCCGUACGACCCCACCAAGGGACACACGGGCCUCAUCGUGGACGGCGAGCUCUACUCUGCCACCUUCAACAACUUCCUGGGCACGGAGCCCGUCAUCCUCCGCAACCUGGGGCCCCACUACUCCAUGAAGACGGAGUAUCUCACCUCCUGGCUGAACGAGCCCCACUUCGUGGCCUCGGCCUACGUGCAGGAGAGCGCGGCCAGCAGCACCGGCGACGACGACAAGGUUUACUUCUUCUUCAGCGAGCGGGCCGUGGAGUACGACUGCUACGCCGAGCAAGUGGUGGCCCGCGUGGCCCGGGUCUGCAAGGGGGACGUCGGCGGUGCCCGCACGCUGCAGAAGAAGUGGACGACCUUCCUCAAGGCGCGCCUGGUGUGCUCGGCGCCCGAGCAGCAGCUCCACUUCAACCGCCUCCAGGCCGUCUUCACCCUGCCCGGGGCCGACUGGCAGGACACCGCGUUCUUCGGGGUCUUCCGGGCCCGCUGGGGGGACGUGGACGUCUCGGCGAUCUGCCGGUACCACAUCCUGGAGGUGAAGAAAGCCUUUGAGGGGCCCUACAAGGAGUACCGGGAGCAGGCCCAGAAGUGGGGCCGGUACUCGGACGAGGUGCCGAGCCCCCGUCCCGGGGCGUGCAUCACCAACUGGCACCGGCGGAACGGCUUCGCCAGCUCCUUGGAGCUGCCCGACAACACCCUCAACUUCGCCAAGAAGCACCCGCUGAUGGACGAGCCCAUCCUGCCCCACCGCGGGCGCCCGCUGCUGCUCAAGAAGGAUGCUAACUUCACCCAGUUGGUGGUGGACAGGGUGCCUGGGCUGGAUGGCACCAUCUACGAGGUGCUCUUCAUCGGUACAGGUGACGGGUGGGUGCACAAGGCGCUGAACCUGGGCGCCCACGUCCACCUCGUGGAGGAGCUGCAGGUCUUCGAGCCGGCCCAGCCCGUGGAGAGCUUGGUCCUGGCAGGCCGGAAGAAGCUGCUCUUCGCCGGCUCCCGUUUCCAGGUGGCCCAGCUGCCCCUGGCCGACUGCAGCCGCUACCAGUCGUGCACGGACUGCGUGCUGGCCCGCGACCCCUACUGCGCCUGGAGCCGCAACGCCAGCCUCUGCGUCCGCGCCGAGGGCCUCAACGGGUCCCAGCUGGUCCAGGACGUGCUGAGCUCCGACACUCGUGCCUGCACCCUGCCGCAGGUGGCCAAGCAAGGAUCCGUCACCCCCAAGAACGUGACGGUGGUGGCCGGCACCGACCUGGUGCUGACGUGCCGCCUGGGCUCCAACCUGGCCCAGGCGCUGUGGACCUUCGAGGGCCGGGCGCUGGCGGCCGAGCAGACGCUGGUGCUGCGCGACGCCCGCCUGCGAGCCCUGGUGGUGCCGGGAGCCGGCGCCCAGCACAGCGGUACCUACCGCUGCUUCUCGGAGGAGCAAGGCGCCCGGGUGAGCAGCGAGGUCUACCGGGUGACGGUGCUGGCGGGCGCCGGGCUGCCGCUGGAGACGCGGGCGCCGCUGGAGAGCCUGGGGCUGGUGUGGGUGGUGGCCGUGUGCCUGGGCGCCCUGUGCCUGGUGCUGGCGCUGGCCGUGCUCUCGCUGUGGCGACGGCUGCGCGAGGAGCUGGGCAAAGGCGCCAAGGCCAUCGAGAGCACCCUGGUGUACCCCAUCGAGCUGCCCAAGGAGCCGCCGAGCCCCCGCUUCGCCCCCAGCGCCGCCUCCGAUUCGGACGAGAAGCUCUGGGACCCGGCCAGCUACUACUACUCGGACGGCUCGCUGAAAAUCGUGCCGGGCCACGCGUCGGCGUGCCGCAACGGCGUCCCCACCGCCGCCGCCGCCGCCGCCGUCGUCUCGCCGCCCAGCGGCAUCCCCGGGCAGCCCCUGCACUCGCCCACCCGCAUCCACCUGGGCCCCCUGCGCGGCUCCUCCUCCAACGGCUACAUCCGGCUGGCGCUGGGCGCCGACGAGCGGCCGCCCUGCGCCGACCUGGCCGAGGAGCUGCGGCGCAAGCUGCAGCAGCGCCAGGCGCUGCCCGACUCCAACCCCGAGGAGUCGUCGGUGUGAGCCCGCCGCCGGCACCAGCGCCCGUCGCAGCCGCUACCUCAGGGCGCCCGCCGCCGCCGGGCCUCCCCCCCCCCAGCUCUGGGUGCCGGGCGCCGCGUCCCCGCCGCGGCCGGGCCUGGUUUUCUUUUCGUGGCCCGAGGACUCUUAAUUUUUUAAUUAUUUUUAAUAAAACGCCCGGCCGCCGCCUCGAGGGGGCCGAGGCGGGGAGCGCGGGGCUGUAAAUACCCCUUCCCUCCUGCCCCGCCUGCCGCCCCCGUGUCCCCCCCCCCCGCCCGUCCCCUGCACGCCGCCGCCCCGUCCUUUUUUGUAUAACCCCCCCAGUGUAAUUUAUUUGUUACUGAAGUAUAUUUAUUUGCUGUAAAUACUUGAGGAUUUUUAUAUUAAUAAUAAAAAGGAAGAAAAAAAAAAAA